AUGGCAGCAACCUAUCAGCUUGUAGUCACUACUGUGAACUGUUACAGCAGUGUCGUGAUAGACUGUCACUUUCAGCACACUGUGCAUUACUGUACUGGGACCUGUCAGGUGUUCAAGCAAGGAGUUGCAUGCAUAGUGGCCCACCACAGUAUUUGUGCAGAGCUACUUCGAGUCCCUGCAUCUAAUGUUAGAGGUGCAGAUCUAGACCAGAGACUUUCGACUCCUGAAAAUGGGCUAACUUUGGCUGGGAAUGAAGACUAUCAGCAGAUCCUCCCAAGUAAUCCAAGGCUCAAAAAGGGAUCUUCAGUGCAAACCACCUGCAGUCUAAAAGAUAUCACCGGGGAAGCUAUAAAUCUUGCCAGUGGUAAAAUAAAGGAAUUUUCCUUUGAAAGGCUCAAAAACUCUUCCAGCCAUGUGACCUACAGAAAGGGAAGGAAAGUGAGGUCAGAAUCGUUCAACAGACGGUCAUUUGAUUUUGAUCUGAUUUAUGGACACUUCAACAAUGAUGAGAACUGCCCUCCCUUUGGCUUGCUGCAGACUCCCUCAGCUGGGGAGAAAUGGCAGGAGAGCUGCAAUUCCUCAGAGGGAAAUGUGAAUACUGCCGCUUCCCUCUCCACCCAGGCCUUCUCUGAAGAGAGCUUUAUCACCCAGAUUUUGGAAAAGCACAAGCUGGACAGCUCUUCUGGUGGAGAUAUUAAAGUGUGUUUGGACAUUCUGCUCAAAUGCUCUGAGGACCUGAAAAAAUGUACAGAUAUCAUCAAGCACUGCAUCAAAAAGAAAGCUUCAGGUGAUAUCAGUGCGGGAAAUGAUAAUGACCCCUUGGCCAGCUCUGAGAUGAUCUAUAGGAAUUUGAUGACUAGGUUUUCUUCCUACCUGAAAAAGCUCCCCAUUGAACUAAAGCAGCCCAGUCACGUGGAACUCGGUGACUUGGCAGAAUUGGUUACUAGUUUGCAUGGGUUGCAGCAGGCUCCCUUUUCCCCAAUAUUUGGCAAUGAGCAACCUCCUAGGUAUGAGGAUAUUGUGCAUUUGCCAUCCGCCAUAACAAGACCCUCUCUUACUGUAGAACUGCAAGAUGGCCAGCAUGAGAUUGGCACCACUAGCACCCCAAAACCUAUCCAAACUAACACUGGGGGCUUUACCUCAGACUCCUUGCACAGCAGCACCCAGCAGAACAACUCAAGAACUGUGAAAAAUGCUUGUACUGUACCUCAGUUACUAACUGUAAGCCCUUCCAAUUGUGUGUCCUCCACAGAAACGCUAUACAUUGAAGAGGAGUCAGAUGGGGAGAUAGCACUAGGCAAGGGAAAGAGGGCAGAACAUAAAGGUAGCUGGGAGAGUUUAGAGAGCAGCCAACAGAAAACUGGAAGCCCAGAUCUUACUGUAGUCCUUAAAGAGGUACCUGCCAGAGUUCAUGCUGAAGCUGUUGCCGAGACCUCUGGGAAAAUCACCUUUAUAGAACCAGUCUCAGAUUCUCUUAUGAACGAUUCCAGGGCUAGCACCUCUUCAGGAGAACAAAGAGAAUCAAGGAAAAACAACCAGGAUGAGAUAGAUAAGCUGCUGUUGGACUUGGAGCACUUUUCACAGAAAAUGGAGAGCGCACUGAAGGAGCCCAUCAUGAAGGAGAACGAUCCUGGAUUUCUGAAGGGCUUUGGCCAAGAGGGUGGGAAGGUACUACCACUAGCUCUUGAAACCAAAAAUAAAGUCGGUUUAUUCCCUGACAAAAACUCUACUUCCCCUUUGUCAAAGACCGUGGAAACUAAUGGCCACAAAAUGGAGGAAGACGACAAAGCCCUUCUACUGCGUAUCCUGGAAAGUAUCGAGGAUUUUGCCCAAGAACUGGUGGAAUGCCACAUGGGCAAAGGAAAUUUAUCCAAAGAGAAGGAAAUGAUGCAAAUUCUUCAGGAAACCUUGACCACUCCCUCACAGUCCUUCCCAGCUGUACAGAGAAGUUGUAUGGGUGCUACUACCAAAGACACUGUCCCCACAUUGAUUCAGCAGCCCCCAGAGGUGAUCAAGGUUCAAAAUAAACAAGAGAAGAAGCCUGGGACUCCAUCCCCAGCCCCUUUGAAGUCAGCAGUCAGUCCACGACCUCUUGUGACUGUGAAUAAAGUCCUUAUCAAUGCCCCUGUGUCCAUAAACAUUCCACGUUUCUACUUCCCCAAAGGGCUUCCAAGUGUCUGCAACAAUCACGAGGAGACCAUUGCCAGGAUCGAAGCAUCCUUUACUGAGUUUGAAGAUGAGAGAGCCAACAUUUAUGAAAUGGGGAAAAUUGCCAAGGUAUGUGGCUGCCCUCUGUACUGGAAAGCCCCCAUGUUCAAUGCAGCAGGGGGAGAAAGGACCGGAUUUGUAUCUGUACAUUCGUUCGUAGCUAUGUGGAGACAAUUACUACAGAGUUGCCAUGAUGAUGCAGCCAAAUUUCUUUACCUUCUAGCAAAACCCAGCUGCAGCUACCUAGAGCAGGAGGAUUUCAUCCCACUUCUUCAGGAUGUGGUUGAAACGCAUCCUGGCCUGACAUUCUUGAAGGAUGCUCCAGAAUUCCAUUCCCGCUACAUUACUACGGUUAUACAGAGAAUAUUCUACAUGGUCAAUAGAUCCUGGUCUGGGAAAAUCACCCUAACGGAGAUGAGGAAAAGCAACUUUUUGCAAACUCUUGCCCUCUUGGAGGAAGAGGAUGACAUAAACCAAAUCACAGACUACUUCUCCUAUGAGCACUUCUAUGUCAUCUACUGUAAAUUCUGGGAGCUGGACACUGACCAUGACCUCUACAUCAGCCAGAAGGAUCUGGCUAGAUACAAUGAUCAAGCUUUAUCAACCAGGAUUAUUGAGAGGAUAUUCAGUGGAGCAGUGGUGAGAGGCAAUGAAGCGCAGAAAGAGGGACAGCUGAGCUAUGCAGAUUUCGUGUGGCUCCUCAUUGCUGAAGAAGACAAAAGGAGCCCCACAAGUAUCGAAUACUGGUUCCGCUGCCUGGAUUUGGACGGAGACGGCGUGCUGUCUAUGUAUGAACUGGAGUAUUUUUAUGAGGAACAGUGUGAGAGGAUGGAAGCGAUGGGCAUCGAGCCAUUGCCAUUCCAUGACUUACUGUGCCAAAUGCUCGACCUGGUGAAGCCAGACGGUGAUGGAAGGGUGAUGCUGCGAGACCUGAAGAGAUGCAGAAUGGCUCAUGUAUUCUACAACACCUUCUUUAACUUAGAAAAGUACCUGGACAAUGAACAGCGGGAUCCGUUUGCAAUACAGAAGGAUGUUGAAAAUGAUGGACCGGAGCCCUCAGACUGGGACAGAUACGCUGCAGAGGAGUAUGAGCUUCUUGUUGCUGAAGAAUCUGGAAAUGAGCAGUUACAAGAAGGAAAUCUUCACACGGAGGAGGGUUCCUCACUGCUUCAGCAGAGAGAGGAACUGGCGACUGCUAGAGAGGGUGAGAUUAUUCCUAACCUUGGCUCCAGGGUGAAAAGAACUGGAAUGUCAGGCACAUGUCCCCAGCUAUUACCACUAAAAAAGAAGAUUCUGUGA